AUGAAAUCAAAUAUAUUGUAUCUUUUACUCAAGAAGUGUAACGGUAAAGCUCACGCGAUAUAUGAUAAUAGGAACUCACGCAAAAGUAGAUCCAAAAUCCCAGAAAUAUCAAUCCAACUACACUCCCUCACAACUCACAAGCUUUUUGCAUUUCUUCCGGUAGUCUACCGUCGUCUUCUUCUUGGAAACCCUAACGACCUCAAUCCGACCGGCUGUAUCAUCUCAGUCGACUCCCCAAGAUCUACAAAUGGUUUGGUGAUAAACGUGGCUGAGUUGAUUGAAGUCUCUGAAUCCCAAUCACAUUCUUAA